AUGAGUAGAAGGAAUAAUACAAACGUGCCUGACUUCAUCCUUGUGGGGUUGACAGAGUCUGAGGAGAUCCGGCUGGUCCUCUCUGUGCUGUUUCUGCUGAUCUACCUGCUCACUGUGCUGGUGUAUGUAGGAAUGAUGCUCAUCAUCCGCCUCGAUCCCCACCUGCACACCCCCAUGUACUUCUUCCUCUCUCACCUGUCCUUUCUGGACCUCUCUUACUCAACUGUCAUCACACCCAAAACCCUGGAGAACUUGGUGACUUCCACUAAGUCUAUUUCGUUCUCAGGCUGCUUCACCCAGCUGUUCUUUUUUGUUCUUUUGGCAUCUGCUGAGUGUUUCCUCCUCUCCUCCAUGGCCUAUGACCGCUAUGUCGCGAUCUGCAACCCUCUGCACUAUUCACUCACCAUGUCCCCAAGACUCUGCUGCGCCCUUGUCACUGUGUGCUAUGUGAUUGGCUUUAUGGAUUCCUCCAUCAAUGCUCUGUGCAUGCGCAGACUCCACUUCUGUGACUCCAAUGUCAUCCGCCACUUUUUCUGUGACAUAACCCCUAUUCUAGCCCUGUCCUGCACGGAUACAUAUGACACUGAAAUUGUGAUAUUUGUGUUUGCUGGUUUUACUCUAAUGGUGUCCCUUGUCACAGUAGUUAUGUCCUAUGUGCUCAUUCUGUCUACUAUCCUGACAAUUAAUUCCACUUCUGGAAAACAAAAAGCCUUCUCUACCUGUGCCUCCCAUCUCCUGGGAGUCACUGUAUUUUAUUGCACUAUGAUUUUCACUUACUUAAGGCCCAGUAAGUCUUACUCUUUUGGAAGGGAUCAAGUUGCUUCUGUUUUUUAUACAAUUGUGAUCCCCAUGCUCAAUCCACUCAUUUAUAGUCUGAGGAACAAAAAAGUGAAAAAUGCUCUUUUUAGAGUAAUGUGUAGGAGAAACAACUCCAAGCAAAUAAAAUAA